AUGCAAAUCGCAGCUAUGCGGUGGAACCGCGAAGCACUGCUGGCCUUCUCAAUGUCCUGCGCCCUCAUUGAGUGGCACCGAAAGAGGCGAGGUGGUCCAAAGCUCUGCCCUCUCGAGCGAAAUGACAGCACCGACACCCAGUGCGGCUAUGGGGCGACGCCGUCGCCGUUACUCUCGCCGCUGGAGGAGGAUGUCAAUGCCUCGCCAACAUCUGCGCUGCGAAAGCUACACAGGGCGUUCCCCUGCAGCCCGGUGGUUUGCCCCUCGCCUGCGGAGUUCAGCCGUGAGGAUAUGGUGCGAAAGAAUGACCGGCAGGUCGACAAUGAGUACGAGUUCCUGGAAGUGCUUGGGGAGGGCUCCUUCGGCACAGUUCACAAGGCGCGGCAUCGUCGUACAGGCAUACUUCGAGCUGUGAAGGAGAUACCCCACGCGGGCACAGCAAACGAAGACUUUCAGUUAGAACUCAAGGCUCUGCAGGCACUAGACCACCCACACAUUGUAGAGGUCAUCGAGUACUUCGAUGAUGCUGCCAAUUUCUUCCUCAUCAUGGAGCUUUGUACAGGUCCUGAUGUGUUUACCUAUGUGCUGGAGCGCAUGGACUCGCCAGAUGGCGAUGGAUUCGUUCCAGAAUCAGAGAUUGCUGUGAUCCUGAGGCAGUGCUUGAAGUCUGUUCUCUGCUGCCACGCCCAUGGUUUUGUUCACCGCGACCUGAACGCAAAAAACUUUAUGAUAUCAGGCGAGGACAGGACGGUCAAGCUGAUCGACUUCGGACUCGCUACACGCUUUCAGGGGUACCUGCCGAAGGACCAGUUCAUCGAAAUUGUGGGCACGUCGCAUUACAUGGCGCCUGAGAUGAUCCUGGAUGGAAAGUACAGUCCAGCCGUGGACAUCUGGUCACUUGGCGUCUUGUUCUAUGUUUGCUUGACUGGGCUCAUGCUGCUACCAAAGGACGACGAGCGCAAGAAGCACCUGUUGGGCAAAAAGGGCUACGUCGACCGGAAGUUGGGGAAAUGUUCUCAACUUCAGAAGCGAUCCUGUUCCGAGCAGGCACGAAGUCUCUUACAGUCUAUGCUGCAAUACGAGCCCUCGCACAGAAUCACUGCCUCCGAAGCAUUGUCACAUCCGUUUAUCCUCAAAUACUGUCACUUCUACCUCGGCGGCGCCGUCGAAGCGAAGACUGCGCUGGAGCCUGGCAUCAUCGACCGGCUAAGGCGGUUUGCGAAAGCUCCGCGGCUCAAAAAGGUGGCCUUGUUAUUCAUGGCGCACCUGACCGAGCACGAUGAGCAGCUGCUGGCAGCGCGCCACAACUUCAGAACGCUCGACCGGAACGGGGAUGGUGAGAUCUCCCUCGAGGAGCUUGAGGCCGGGCUCAGCAAUGCCUCGAUUCAGCUCCCUGCUGACAUGGCUGAGAUCUUCGAUGGGUGCAGCGGACACCGAAAGGGACAGCUGCACUUUGUGGAGUUCUUGGCCUGCACCAUGCCUGAUAGCCUCAUUGACGAAAGGCUCUGCCACGAGGCUUUCAGCCUCCUGGACCCCGACGGCAAGGGCAGGCUGACUGCAGAAGAUCUGCAGGCGGUCUGCCCAUCCUACGAGCUGGAGAGAUGUGAGAAGAUGGUACGGCAAGCACAAGUGGCGGAGGAUGGGUCUGGGUCCUUCGAUUUCGAUGAUUUCUAUAUGUUUCUUUGCGGACCCAACAGUGACGAGGCCUCAUGGCAGCUGGAAGAAGGCGUCGCAGAGCGGCCAAGGAAGGCUCCCCGGUUGGAUACAGGAGGAGAUCCGCACCCUGCCUUUAUCGGCAUUCCAGCAUCCGGCUAG